GUCUUGCUUUUGCAAGGAUAAUCAUGAGAUUAUUUUGUGAUAAUAUUCUGAACUGGAAAAAGGAUAGUGGAAGAUAAAUUGGCAAAUGGUUUCGGAAAAGUACAUGUGAAUUAACACAGAUGAUAUAUUUCAAUUCAUUCAAGUGUUAAAAUUUGUGAGGCUUAAAGUGCCUUUUUUUGGUACGGUGAAUUAAUGGGAAUUUGAAGGAGUAUCCUAUAUGACUAGUUGGUAUCUGUGGUUUGUGGGAUAUUUCGAGUUUUAAGGUAAAAGGAAACAAAAUUACUACAUGUAAAAAGGAAGAAAAACAUGCUGGGAAAUGUUACAAGUUUGAUGGAAAGUGACAGAUUACCUUUAUUUAGAAAUGAAAUGAAACAAGAUGUGAAAUAACUGUGAUAUUAGUCAUAAAAACAAGUUCACAACAAUGGAAAAGAAAAAUUCUCGAAGUUCCAUGGAAGGUAUUACUGAUGGACUUCUAGCGUCGGACACAGCUAGACGCAAGUUCGCUGCUGCUGUUGACAAGCAAAAUGUCAUCGCUCAGACAGCCAUCCAAUCCCUGGACUCGUUGAAUGACCAGAUAGUUCAGUUCAUCUUCACGUCAUCGACAGCCCCCAGACAUGACGAUGGUGACGAUAAAGACCUAGGACUGAAAGAACAACACACUCUUCAGUCUUCUAUGGUGUUGAUCAGAAAACUACUACACGACGCUCAGGCAAAAUUCCGGAAGAUGGUGGAAGACAACAAACAGUUGGCUGCAAAGAUUGACGGCUCUAUCAAUGCCGCAAACCAGGAAGUGAGUGCUCUACGCGCAGAACUGGAGGACACGAAUAAACGCCUUUCUGAGCUCAGUGGGACGGAAAUGUCGGGAAAAGGGAGCAGUCAAUCCAGUGAUUCGGACUGUUCAUCUGAUUCAGCAAGAGAGAAGUCUGACGAGGAGAACGAGCUGAAACAACUAAAGGAAGAUAAUGAGAAACUGGAGGCAAGAGUUAUGUCCCUUACCCACGAGUUGACAGAGUUACGCAACAGAAAGGUGCCUCAGAAUGAUCACCCGAGCUACGGGGAGUUGAAACUGGACCUCAUCCAGACAAGACAGGACUUGAACAGAGCAAAGGAGGCUCUUGCAGCCUUGAAAGCAGAUAGGAAAAGACUCAAAGGCGAGAAACUAGAACUGUUGAACCAAAUGAAACAGUUGUAUGGAACGUUGGAAGACAAGGAGUCGGAGUUACGGGACUUUAUACACACAUAUGAGCAGAGGAUGAGGGAAAGCGAUGAAAGUAUUAAACAGCUUGUUGGAGAGAAGGAUCAGUGUGAUCGGGAAAAAUGGGAGAUAAUCCAGAAAGCUCGACAAGCAGCAGAACAGGCCGUGUACCUACAGUCACAGUCAGAGGAUCGCGAGGAACACAUUGCUAAACUGGAGGCUGAACUGAUUGAGUUACGGGACCAGAUAGCCAACAGCCAAAUGUACCGCAUGGAUUGUUCUAGCACCCCAAAAUCUAUUGACUGCCACACGCCAACAAGUGACGAUCUGCCGCCUUAUGAAACCCCGCCCCCAUAUGGAAAUGAUAGCUCCAAGGAAGAAUGCUUUAGGGUUCCAACCAGUACCCCUAAAAUCCCAAACAAACAUGACCGCCAUGAUUCCUUCACGCCCCUCAACCAGUUUCUCGAAAACAACAACACCAUACAGGAUAACGAAAAAUCAACCGACGACCUUGACUCAUCAACAGAGGUCAAGAAGAAGAAACGCAAGAGUCUCAGUUCGUCAAUAUCGAAGGUGUUUUCCCGGCGAAAGUCUCGGGCGUCACUGACGAUACACAACCUAACGGAGGAUAAGGAAAAUGAUGAGCUCCCAGCAGGCACCAGAAUAACGCUCCUUAACCCCGAAAACUACCAGGAGAAGCUUAAAAUAGUUGACCAGUUGAACUCAACGCACAUGUCCGCAUGGAAAGCCAAUCAGGUGCUAGCAUGGCUUGAAAUCGUGCUCAACAUGCCGAUGUAUGGGAAACGCUGCGCUACAAACAUCAAGAGUGGCAAGGUGCUACUUGGAAUGAGUGACAGUGACCUUGCAUCGGCAUUGGAAAUCCGCAAUCCAAUGCAUCGGAAGAAAGUCCGCCUUGCCAUUGAAGAGCAGCGGAACCUUACUGUCGGAACUUGCCCGAAGUGUUCCCAACUAGACCACACCUGGGUCGCCCACAAGUGGCUUCACGAUAUCGGGCUGCCCCAGUUUUCACCUGCCUUUGAAUCAAACCUCGUUGAUGGUCGGAUGCUAUCGAACCUGACGAGGAAAGACCUUGAGAAGCACCUGAACGUUCACAGGAAGUUCCAUCAGUCUAGUAUUCUACAUAGCGUUCAACUCCUCCAGAAAUUGGGCUUUGAUAAAGAGGUGUUAGCCCAGCGGAGAGCGGCCUGUGAUGCCACAUUUACAGACCCACUCGUGUGGACAAACCAGCGGGUCGUAGAGUGGAUACAAAACAUUGACCUUGAGGAGUAUGCAGACAGCUUACGAGAGUCUGGCGUCCAUGGAGCAUUGAUCGUUCUGGAGCCAACCUUCACAGCCGACACACUUGCCUCGUGCCUUAACAUACCACACUCAAAACUUUAUAUACGACGGCACCUUCAGACCGAGCUCGAAUCUCUAGUCAAACCUGCCAGGGAGGAGAUAGUGUUGAAGCGUUCUACACUGGGGUCUCGAUACAGCACUCUCUCCGCAAACCAGUCCAACAAACCUCGACUCAGUCUCAGGGGUUCCCUUGGUCGAGCUUUUGGCAAGAAAGUUAAGGAUGAACUAUCAAAGAGAAGCUGGGAUGAGAUUGAUUCACCGAAACAGAAGCGAACGUCUGCUCCGAUAGUCAUCGAUGAUCCAGAUGAUAUACCAGAUCAGAUUAAAGAACUGGAUGAGGCAAUCAAGCAGGCCUCUUCCUGAUUGGAUGUGCUCGAUUCUUUUUUACAAACAAAAGAUGUGAAUCAGAUAUAAAAAAAGUGCAAUGUUUUUUUCUUAUUCUGUAAAACAUGUGUUUUAUCCAGGAUAGGAGAAAGUAUUAAUAUAUUUUUCUACAAGUUUUUAACUGAUCUGUUGUUGUUUUUUAAAAAAACAAAAGUUGAGAUAUUGUAAUAGCCUUGGUGUCGCUGUCAUGGGCUUUGUUAUUGUGGAAAAACACUCUUAGCCAUAAUUCAAAAUGGAUUCAGCCAAUGCACAUGUAACCCCAGUAAUAAUACGGAUAUGCUUAGCAAGGCCCACAACUCUGGUUUCAAUAAUUGUCUACUUAUGUCCAUUGAUUGGCUGAGAAAAACAGAUGGGCAUUAGCAUCCCCUUGCCGUGCUCAUGUUAAAAAUGCCUUGUAGUAUUUAAAAUGUAUGCUAUAUUCUAGCCACCGCUCAUUCUGUGUUAAGACAUUCAAAUAUAAAAGUUCAAAUGUGUUCAGUGCAGUUCAGCAAUAGAUUUUAGCAAAACGUUUCUUGGUUUUUAGUUUUGAUAACAAAUGGCCAUAUUAUAUUGUAUUUGCGGAACUUUUUUUCUUUUGAACAUAUUGGGAAUUACAAGGUUUUACUAAUUUACAAUGUUCCAUGACUUUGGUUGAAUUGUGAUAGAUUUUUAUAGAAUCUCUUUGUCUUAAUUCUAUGUAUGUUUUAUGUUUGUAGUUGUACUAUUGACUGUUUAUAUAAACCGUAUUUUAUUAAGCUAAUAUAAUUAGAAUAAAGGUUUUAGUCAAAAGUUUUAAACAUUGUCUCACAUUUUAUCAAUCUCUUUGUGGAAACAAAUUAAUGACCUUGCUAUACAUGUUUGUUUUAAUAUCCUUUCAUUUUUUAUAUUUCAUUUAUUUAAAAGUUAAAGUAGAUAUAGGAAACAAACUCCAUCUUUUUUUAACUAAUUCUAAAAUUGUCAAGUGAGUAUAUCUUAUCUAAACAUGUUUUAUCAAUUAGUGUCUUAGAUCAGCUGCUGAUUUUAUUAACCAAUAUUGACUUUACACCAAAUAACAAAACUGAUGUGCACCGUCCAGAUUGGCCCGAUAUUCAUGGAAUGUUCAAAAAAAGGAUUAUAUUUAAUAUGGUAUCCAUGUUUGCUUUUGUUUGCUGGACACAAACAGACCCUCUUGUUUGGUUAAACCAUCAUGGUGAAUAUUAACAGGAAGGCUUUCUGGCAUAUUGGGUCAGUUGAGAGAAGAGGUGGACUGGAAAAUGGAAAAUAUUUGUAGGAUUUUAAUUAUUGCCUUAUAAGAUUGCUGCUUAACUAACUAUAAUAUAGUCCCAUCAGCCCAUGUGAUAAAGUCUUGGCUGGGUAUUUAUGAAACAACUCGAGUCAUUUUUUAGCUUAAGUUGAUUUCCUACAAAAAAAAUAUUGUCAAAUUUAUGAUAAGAUAUUUAAGACAUAAGUAAGUUGUAAUAUCCUAUGAUCAGUGACAUACUUAAUUUAAGAAAAAUAACUGAGGUUUAAAGAUUACAAAAGAUGUUUUAUAAAUACCAGCCCAGGGGCCUGUUUCGAUAAAGAUGCAAGUCAAUUUUAGUCAUAAAUUGAAAUAAUCAUUUUUUUUUUUAAAUGUUUGUUUGAAUUUGACUUCAGCCAGUAUUAAAAAUGAACAAAAAGAUAAUUAAAUAAAAAAUAUCAACUUGUUGACAUCUGUGACAUUUCUACAGAUUUCAGGUGCUUGAUGUGACGACUAAUAUCCUUACUUACGGGCCAUAGAUUUAUAUAUGUAUAAAAUGCAGUAAAUGUAAAGGAUUGUACAUUUUUAUAAAUGUUGUUUUAAUGUACAAUGUAUGAUGUGGUAGUGUUUUGGUGUAAAUAAUUGUGCUACGUAAGUUAAGUUUUAUGUUUUAUGUUACACUUCUUGCUUGUUUCAAAAUGGCAAAAUAUUUGUGCUGGUAACCUUUAAGUCUCAGAUUAAAACAUACAUUUCAGUUUUUAUCACUUUUUAAGCAUUCUUUGUAAGGGGUUGUAACUCAUGCAACCAUACGUUUGUAUUGUCUUUAGAGUUGUUUCCCUUUAAUAAAGAACGCCUGACAAUCUUGAGCAGUAUUACCAUUUUAAAAUGUAAUUUAGUGUUAUUGUUUAUUUUAAUACUACAAAAUUGUUGUAAUUGAUUAUAAAGGUCAAAAAUAAAAUAAAAGAAUUGUAAUAUUUA